AUGCUGACAGGGGAGUCUCUUCCCGUUCGAAGGGAUGUUGGCGACAUAAUAAUGGGCGACUCUUCCGCAACGAAGUCGGACGGUGACGCUCUGCUUGACGACAUCAUCAAGUAUUUCGUCACAGCUGUCAUUUUCUUUGCAAUCGUUCUUCCGAUCCUCGAGGUCUUUAGACACAACUCACUUCACCCCAACUAUCAGUACAUUCGAUCCGCCGUGGCUAGAUCGAUGACUAUCCUGAUGAGCGCAUGCCCAUGUGCUCUCGGCCUUGCUAUACCAUCCGCGGUUGCAACCGCAGUCUAUUCUGCACAGAAAAGAGGACUGUUGAUUACUGGAGGCGCAUCGACGAUACAGAAGCUGGUCAAGGUCAGGUCCGUCAUCUUCGAUAAGACUGGGACGUUGACCGGGGACAACUUGACUGUCUCGGACUUCUUGCCAUCACCCCAGUGGGCCUGCAGGGAGAACACACUUUGGACCUUGAUCUGUGCAGUUGAGGUCAAUGAUGCUACUGGUCAUCCACUGGGUAAGAGCAUCUUCUCAAGUGGCGUCAAAUCUUUGGGUGAAGAUUGGCUGCGCUUCCAAGCUCACGGUGAGACGCGCGACAUCUGCAGCUCAGCCGGUCAAGGCGUCUCCGGAAACGUUCGCAUUGCCAAAGACGAGUGGCAUUAUGUCAUUGUGGGAAGCUCACAAUACCUUAAAGCUGCUGGUAUCAACGACAUUCCUGACCACGGCGACGCUGUGGGAAGUGGCAAGAUUGAGGCUCGCGUUGGGGUAGACGGCUGCUAUGCUGGAAAGAUACUAGUUUCGCUUACGGGCGAUAUGGCCGACGAAGCUCACAGAGUCGCCAGUCAUGUGGGAAUACCUGUUUUGGCAUCACAAGCCUCGCCGACCGACAAACUCGCUUUCAUCAACGCUUCCAAAAAGAACGGUAAUGCGGUGGCUAUGGUCGGUGAUGGACUCAACGAUGCUCCGAGUCUUGCAGCUGCGGACGUUGGCUUUGCCGUGUACCACAAUAAUGCAUUGGCUACGACGGGUGCUUCAAUUAUGAUUCUUAACUCGCGGAUAGAUCUGGUUUGCCUUGCAUUCAAAAUUGCGGAGCUCACCAACCAACAGAUUACGUUCAACUUGAGAUGGACUGCGGCGUACAACCUUCUCGCCUUCGUGAUGGCAGUAGGCUGGAUAAAGCCAUUUGGAUUUGCCAUGACACCGUAA